AUGACCGGUUCCACGCCACUCACAGCCCUGGAGGCCUUUCUCCUCUCACACCCCAGCAUUGGCUACAUCCCGCCCACCUCCGCCGAGUAUGUACCCACAGCCAGCCGGGGGUGGAUCGCCGGCAUCAACGCCCGUCCGCUGGCCAUCGUGCAGCCCCAGUCUCCCGCUGAUGUCGCAGCGCUCGUCAAAUUCGCCAAGUCUCAUGCUGUACCCUUUACCGUUCGCUCGGGCGGCCACAAUCUCGAGGGUCGCCCGUUUUAG